AUGUCGACGUUUCAACUGCUCCAGAUCUGUNNNNCCCGGCGUCACAGUAUCAGCCGCAUGUCAAGUAUCAAGAAGGUGGAUGGCAUCCCCUGGCGCUCCAUUGGCGUUGACCACACAGGUCCCUACGAGGAAAACGGCGACAGAGCCAAAUUUCUGCUUGUUGCCACCGACUUGCUAACCGGUGCUAUAGAUGCUGAGGUCGUCGGUACUACCAACUCAAUGAAUCUGAUAACUGCUGCUCGGCGUAUAUUCGCCCGGACUGGCCAACCGAACACGGUCCACAGCGACCGAGGGUCGUCUUAUGUGAGCGCUGCUUUCCGAGCCUUCCUCAUCAAACGCAACAUUCGCCAAAGAUUUGCUCCUCCUUCGAGCCCGCGCUACGGAGAUUGGAGAACCCUGGUGGCUGAGGCUGUAUCUCUGAGCAAUACCAGGCUUACCUGGCACGACAUCUCUCCCUGGGAUCUCUGCCACACCUAUCGGCAUGAUCAGACCGGGGUUAAGGGAGCGCUCAACGGGUAA